AGUUACUACUUUUUACUUAUACAAUAACAACAAGAUGUAUAAUAAUGUAAUGUAAGGAACAGUUGAUGUUUAAAGUGCAAAAAGACAAAAAUAACUGUGCUCAGACUAAUAAUUUUAUGUGUUGACACUAGCACACAUGCAAAGGAAGUGAGGUUUUUCCACCUUGCACAUGCACGGGUGCUUUGGAAGGCAGGAUACUAUUACUGGCACAACUGAUUAUGGAUAGUUGACAGUGAAGAGGACUUCUGUUGAAAGUCUGAAGAUGUUUAUAAUGUGGUGUUAGGGUAUUCAGAAGAAUUAUAUGUAAUUUUCAAAAUCAUUUCAUGAAUGUUUUGAAUCAUGUCACCUCCUCAGUUCAAAACCUGUAACUUCAACACACAGUAGGUUUAUCUCCACUCUGCCGUGACACAAAAAAGGUAGACUGUUUUUCAAUUGCUGCAGUGAAGAGUGAUCAGUCUAAUAUUUCCAAUUAGAUAAAUGGGGAUCAGUGAGGACUGGCCUUGACUGAUUUGGGACAACCAUUGACUGAAUGAACAUUUCAUUCCAAAGGCUAAUUACCCUGUGGGGUAUUCGCAGGACAACGACCCCUCGAAUUUUUCCAUUCGCAGAAUGACCCGCCGGUACGCCUUUGAUGUGUGGUGUUGUUUUAGGAGGGGAUUAACUCCUUGGUUAGUGUCAAAAACUGAAAUAUGUACACGAAAACUGAAAUGUGUUCACUGAAUUGGUGAACUCUGAUUUUGAUAAUCUAGUGAGUACCAUUUACUCAACUGAUUGACUCAACAGUUACUCUGUUAUAAAUCUCCGAAACAUGGUAGUCUGUAAUCAUUCUCGAUAUGCCAAACGCGCAGUUACAGUACACGUUUCUUCCAACUACACGCGGCAGUAGAUACCUUUGUACUGGUGGCUACACCUACCGAGUUGGAAAAAGGAAGAGGAAUGACUGGAUCUCUUGGAAGUGCACCAACAAAGACUGUCAUUCCACAGUAUCUACAGUCAAUGAUGAAAGAGUCAAGUCCUCAUAACCAUGAACCAGUGAAUCAUGACUUUAAGGUAUGCACAAGGCCUCAUAAGAAUAUCAAUAUUGAUACUGUUAAUUUAGAAGAAAAAAAUCACUUUAGAUGAAAUAUCAAAGGCAGUAAAACAAAUGAAAAAUAACAAAAGCCCAGGAGUAGAUGGCUUUCCAAUAGAAUUCUUUAAGUUUUUUUGGAAAGACUUAAAAAUAUGGGUUUUUAGAUACAUAAACGAAACUUUUGAAAAUAAGGAAAUGACAUAUACAAUGAAAAGGGGAGUCAUUACGUGUAUACACAAGGGAAACAAAGACAGAAGAUUUCUAAAAAAUUGGCGUCCAAUAUCAUUGCUGAAUGCACUUUAUAAAAUAAUUAGUACUUGUAUUGCAAAUAGAAUGAAAAUGACUUUAGAUCACCUAAUUCACGAUAACUAACGAUACUAACUAAUAAUGCAUCCUCCUGUGUAAUACAAAACGGUCAUAUGUCUUCUUUCUUUAUUAAUGAAAGAGGUUGCAGACAAGGAGACCCAAUAUUACCAUAUCUUUUUCUUUUUGCUGUAGAAAUCUUAGGCUGUAUGAUAAGAGACAAUAAAAAUAUUAAAGGGAUUAUAUUGAAUGAGAAAGAGUACAAAUUAGGUCAGUACGCAGACGACACACAAUUAUUCUUAAACGGAGAGGCUGAAAGCCUGUAUGCAGCAAUAAAUAUACUUGAUUGUUUCUUCAAAAUGUCUGGACUUAAAAUAAAUAUUGAUAAAACAAAAGCCAUAUGGAUCGGGUCGAAAGCAGGGAGCUCAACAAAUAGUUGUGAAGACUUAAAAUUAGACUGGCAUGUAGGCAAUUUUGAAGUGUUAGGAAUUAUUCUCAAUCCCCACUUGCAAGAUCUAUGGGUUAUCAAUACCCGAAAAAGACUUGAAACAAUAAAUAGGCUAUUGGCAAACUGGAGAAGAAGAAACUUGACUCUUAUAGGUAAAAUUACUGUUAUCAAGUCAUUGGCUCUCUCAACUCUUGUCCAUAUUUUUAUGGCACUGCCAACCCCCCCCCCCCAAAAAAAGAUUUUGUUAUAAACUUAAAUAAAAUUUUGUUUAGUUUUUUAUGGAAUGAUAAACCAGAUAAAAUUAAAAGGCAAAAAUCUGAAAAAAAAUUAUGCUGAUGGUGGACAUUAAAAUAUUUAUAGAAUCACUAAAAUUAUCUACAUUAAGAAAGUAUUUUAAAAAGAGUAUAUAUGAUAAUCCCUCAGUUUUCUCUUUCACUGAUAUGAUAAACUUAGGAGUCAAUGCUGAUAAAUAUUUAUGUGUGAAAAACCCUUUUUGGAGAGAUGUUUUAAAUGUUUGGGGAAAUUACGGCAGAAAAUUUACAACAAAUUCUGGAAAGAUUUCUGACAUUCUAUCACAGCCCCUAUGGCUAAAUCACCAAUUUAAACAUGAAAACUACAUAAUUAAAAAUUGGUUCAAAAAGGGUAUAAUGACAAUUAAGGACUUAUGUAAUGAGAAUGGAUUUCUGCCAUUUGAAAUAUUAAAAGUAUGUUAUGAUAUACAGGGUACAAUACUAGAUUAUAAUAAGGUUAAACUUAGUAUACCAAAAGAAUGGAGAGACACUGUCAAUCAUUAUAUCAAAAUACCAAUAUAUGACUAAAAUCUUAGUCCACAAUUGAGGGAUAUAUUUAUACCCGUUCAAGGAUCUAGGUACUUUUAUGAUAGACUAAUUACAAUAACAAAACCACCCUUAGUAAAUGGAAAAUGGCAAUCUCUUUUUGACGAUGAUAUUCAAUGGAAAGAAGUUUAUUCAAAUUUCAGGAAAUUAACUAAAGAUACUAAAUUGAUUGACUUUCAGUUUAAGUUUAUCCAUAGAAUAAUUUACACCAAAAAGGAAUUAUUAAAAAUGAAACUAGUUGAUAAUGAUAUUUGCUCCUUUUGUGACUUAAACGGCGAAAACCUUAUACAUGUAUAUUGGGAAUGUGAAUAUGUUAAACACUUUUGGAGCAAACUGGAAACCUUUUUAAACCUUGACAUAAAUACUAGGAUCUCACUUACCAAAUACUCAGUUAUUUUUGGAUUCGACAAAAAUAAACUUCUACUUAAUCAUAUUAUAAUGUCCAGUAAAAGAUAUAUAUAUAUAUAUCAAGUAUUAAGGGUGAGAAACCAAUUUUUGAUAAUUUUAGGAAAAUACUAAAAGAGUCAGCUAUGAUUGAAAAAUUCAUUGCCACAAAAAACAAUGGUCUAUUACAAUUUGAACGAAAAUGGGGGAAAAUCCUACACAAAUUAAAAUAAUAAUCAUGCCUUGUACAAUAAUGCUAUAGGUCAAGCUACGCCUCAAAUAGCAAUACUAUCAUAAUUGCUUUAGUUAUAACUGACUAUCGGUACAACUUUUCAUGCUCUUCUUGAGGCAUACCAUGUGUAUGUAUGUAUGUAUGUAUGUAUGUAUGUAUGUAUGUAUGUAUGUAUGUAUGUAUGUAUGUAUUUGUGUAUUUGUGUAUUUGUGUAUGUAUAUGUAUAUGUCUCAACUAUGCAUGCUGUAUUUAUUCCACAAGAAAAGUCAUCCAUGCAUUGUAUUUUCAUAGCAAUUGACUAAACCUACUGUGUAACCUCUAAUCCUGAUGUACAACCCUUCGAAAGGAAUAAAAAAUGUCAACAACAACAAAAUAUUGAUACUGUAGGUAAUAAAGACUAGAUUACUGUAUGAGAUAAACGUAUUUAUGCAAAUGUAAUUACGUAUAACACGUAUUAAAAUUUUGCAUUUCUUAAAUGUGAUUUUGUAUAUUUGACAGAUCCGAGAGUCGUUGCAGAAUCUCAAACAGAAGGCCAAGUCAUCCCUGACCCCAAUGCCAACACUGUUCGACGAAGCAGUAAUGUCAUUGAAGAAUGGUGAAGCCUGGACCGAUGAAAGCAGGUCCGUAGUGGAAGCCAUGCCCACAUUCCACGCACAGAAGGACACUCUGUACAGAGCAAGACGAUCCACGUUACCACCACUUCCUGCACACAGAAGAGACCUCGUCAUCCCAGACCAGUUUCAGACCCUUGGCGCCGGAAAGCAGUUUCUUCUUAUCAACGAUGGCGAUGACAACAAGAUCCUUGGCUUCAGUACCACCAGCAACCUCCGAUUUCUGUGUGCAGCCGACACCAUCUACGGAGAUGGAACCUUUUACGUGACUCCACGUCUCUUCUACCAGCUCUACACCCUCCACGCCUUCGUCACCAACAAGAUGGUGCCCCUGGUAUUCCUGUUGCUGCCAGACAAGAAGAAGUAGACCUACGACAGAGCCUUCCGCCUGGUCAAGAUGCUGCUGAGAACCGAGGGUUCCAGCUACUGCCCCAAACAAUACAGGUAGGCCAAAUGUGUAUCAUUUGGUGUAUAUUUUAGUGUAAUAUGAUAUAUGAAACAUGUCCAUAUUAGCGGAUAUACCAAGUUUUUAUUUAUAUUUUUCUAUUUUCAGAUGAACUUUGAAGCAGCUGCAAAGAUAGCAGCCCUCGACGUCUUCCCCAAUGCCACUUGGAAAGGCUUUUUUUUCCAUUACACCCAGUGUGUGUGGAGAAAGGC